UCAGUGAUGGAUGACAAUUCAGGUAACAAUGGAACCAGUGGAAUUGUUUUGGACAUAAACAAUGAUGUCCCUAACAUUAGUGAAGAAGACUCAAGCUCCUACCCUACUUCUUCUUUCUUGCAAAAGUUGGUAGCUGAGGUGAUAGGCACAUAUUUCUUGAUAUUUGCUGGUUGUGCUUCUGUCGUGGUGAACAAGAACAACGAUAACAUCGUGACGCUUCCAGGGAUCUCAAUGGUUUGGGGACUUGCUGUAAUGGUGUUAGUUUACUCUCUUGGUCAUAUCUCCGGCGCUCAUUUCAAUCCUGCAGUUACCAUUGCAUUUGCUACUACAAGAAGGUUUCCCUUCAAACAGGUGCCAGCUUAUGUAGCAGCUCAAGUCCUUGGAUCUACACUUGCAAGUGGAACUCUUAGACUAUUAUUUAGUGGCAAACAUAAUCAGUUUGUAGGAACACUUGCAGCUGGGUCUAAUCUUCAAGCUUUUGUGAUGGAAUUCAUAAUCACUUUUUAUCUUAUGUUUAUCAUAUCUGGAGUUGCCACCGAUAAUAGAGCAAUUGGUGAGUUGGCUGGGAUUGCUGUUGGAUCUACAGUUCUUUUGAAUGUGUUGUUUGCAGGGCCAAUCACAGGAGCAUCAAUGAAUCCAGCAAGAAGCAUAGGACCUGCAAUUGUACACAAUGAAUACAAAGGAAUAUGGAUAUACUUGGUGUCUCCAAUUGUAGGAGCCUUGGCCGGUGCAUGGGCUUAUGACGUCGUUCGGUACACAAAAAAGUCAGUUCGUGAGAUCACCAAGAGUGCAUCUUUCCGAAGAGCAGCAGAGCCAUAGGGAUGACUUUGGUUGUAUGUUGAUUUAUAUAUAGCAUGUUUAGGUUAGUUUUCCCUUAAGAAGGUCACAUGUUAUAUAUGUU